GAGCGGGCCGCGGUGACUUAAGCGACGGAGCGCGGCGAAGCCCAUUUUUCUCCUGCCUCAGCGCCGCGCCGGGCGAGCCGCUCCGCUGCGCUCCGCUCCGAGAUGAACGCGGCGGCGGAGACCGAGUUCAACAUCCUCCUGGCCACCGACUCGUACAAGGUUACUCACUAUAAACAAUAUCCACCCAACACAAGCAAAGUUUAUUCCUACUUUGAAUGUCGUGAAAAGAAGACAGAAAAUUCCAAAAUAAGAAAGGUGAAAUAUGAGGAAACAGUAUUUUAUGGAUUGCAGUACAUUCUCAAUAAGUACUUAAAAGGUAAAGUAGUGACCAAAGAGAAGAUCCAGGAAGCCAAAGAAGUAUACAAAGAACAUUUUCAAGAUGAUGUCUUUAAUGAAAAGGGAUGGAACUACAUUCUUGAGAAAUAUGAUGGACAUCUUCCAAUAGAAGUAAAAGCUGUACCUGAGGGUUCUGUCAUUCCCAGAGGAAAUGUUCUCUUUACAGUAGAAAACACAGAUCCAGAGUGUUACUGGCUUACAAAUUGGAUUGAGACUAUUCUUGUUCAAUCCUGGUAUCCAAUCACAGUAGCUACAAAUUCUAGAGAGCAGAAGAAAAUAUUGGCCAAAUAUUUGUUAGAGACGUCUGGUAACUUAGAUGGUCUAGAAUAUAAAUUACAUGAUUUUGGCUACAGAGGAGUCUCUUCCCAGGAGACUGCUGGUAUAGGAGCAUCUGCUCAUUUGGUUAACUUCAAAGGAACAGAUACAGUAGCGGGAAUUGCUUUAAUUAAAAAAUACUAUGGAACAAAAGAUCCUGUUCCCGGUUAUUCUGUGCCAGCAGCAGAACACAGUACCAUAACAGCUUGGGGGAAAGAUCAUGAAAAAGAUGCUUUUGAACAUAUAGUAACACAGUUUUCGUCAGUGCCUGUAUCUGUGGUCAGCGAUAGCUAUGACAUUUAUAAUGCAUGUGAAAAAAUAUGGGGUGAAGAUCUAAGACAUUUAAUAGUAUCAAGAAGUACAGAGGCACCAUUAAUAAUCAGACCUGAUUCUGGAAAUCCUCUUGACACUGUGUUAAAGGUUUUGGAUAUUUUAGGUAAGAAGUUCCCUGUUACUGAGAACUCAAAAGGCUACAAGUUGCUGCCACCUUAUCUUAGAGUUAUUCAAGGGGAUGGAGUAGACAUUAAUACCUUACAAGAGAUUGUAGAAGGCAUGAAGCAAAAAAAGUGGAGUAUUGAAAAUGUUUCCUUUGGUUCUGGUGGAGCUUUGUUACAGAAGUUAACAAGAGAUCUCUUGAAUUGUUCCUUCAAGUGUAGUUAUGUUGUAACUAAUGGCCUCGGGAUUAAUGUCUUCAAAGACCCAGUCGCUGAUCCCAACAAAAGGUCCAAAAAGGGCCGGUUAUCUUUACAUAGGACACCAGCAGGAAAUUUUGUUACACUUGAGGAAGGAAAAGGAGAUUUUGAAGAAUAUGGUCAUGAUCUUCUCCAUACUGUCUUCAAAAAUGGGAAAGUGACAAAAAGCUAUUCAUUUGAUGAAGUAAGAACAAAUGCGAAGCUGAAUAUUGAACUGGAAGCAGCACCUCAUUAGAUUUUGUUUUAUGACUGGGUAUGUGUGAGUGCGUAUGUAUGUGUUUACGUGCUUGCAUGCACGUAUACCUGUGUGUGUGUAAUGCAUAAUGUUAAUUGUAAAGAGAUGUGUGGGGUUUCUUUGUGUUAUGACAUUACAGCCAAAUUAUUUGUUGGUUUAUGGACAUACUGCCCCUCCAUUUUAUUUUCCCUGUGUUUAGGUGAUUUCAAAUUAGGAAAUACACUUAAUUAUGUAAAAGAUUAAUGCAGAAGUAAGCUUUUUAGGGCCCUUUGCCAAUAGAUAGUAAUUCAAUCUGGUAUUGAUCUUUUCACAAAUAACAGAACCAAGAAACUUUUAUAUAUUACUGACGAUCACAUAACACAGAUUUGCAUAAAAUCAUGAUUGCUUUAUGUUUAUAUUUAACUUGUAUUUUUGUACAAACAAGAUUGUGUAAGAUAUAUUUAAAGUUUCAGUGAUUUAACUAACAGUCCAACUUUUCAUGAUUUUUAUGAGCACAGACUUUCAAGAAAUACUUGAAAAUAAAUUACAUUGCCUUUUGUCCAUUAAUCAGCAAAUAAAACAUGGCCUUAACAAAGUCUUUUGUGUUGUUGUACAAUUUGAAAAUUAUGUCAAGAUAUACCCUAUAGAAAUACUAACCUCACUGCCCCUUGUAGAAUAUGUAUUAAUCAUUCUACAUUAAAGAAUUAAUGGUUCUUACUGGAAUGUCUAGGCACUGUACAGUGAUAAUAUACUUUGGUCAUUGUAUUGUACCAGUGAAAUGCCAAAUUUGAAAGGCCUGUACUGCAAUUUUGUAUGUGGGAUAUUGCCUGUGGCUCUAAUAUGCACCUCAAGAUUUUAAGGAGACAAUGUUUUUAGAGAGAAUUUCUGCUUCCACUAUAGAGUAUAUACAUAAAUGUAAAAUAUUGACAGAAGUGGAAGUAGUGUAUUUUAAAGUAAUUACAGUCCUGAAUUUAUUUUUCCUAUUCUAUAGUUGAUAUGACUUAAAUGACUUACUGGAAUGGGUAGUGAGUGUACUUAUUUUAAAUGUUUUGAUUCUGUUAUAUUUUUCAUUAAGUUUUUUAAAAAUUAAAUUGAAUAAUAAAUUGUAUGGACAUCAUUUAUUAAUUUUAAACUGAAUCCCUCAAUAAAUAAACUCAAGCAGUUUCUUUAAUUAAGAUAAAUUAUGCCAAAUUAACUAUCCAUAAAUUAUAAUAGAAGAACCUUAACCAAAACAGAAAGUUGGCAAAAUUCAGUAUUCAACAUCAGAAGAAAAACAAAAAAUAUGUCUGCAUUUUGAGUUAGUUAUUAUAUUUGCCAAGAUCACAUAUUUUUGUUUUGUAUUUUUAUUAGAUUGGUUUUUCUAAGACGGGUUAACUGACAAUAGACCAAAUUCAGACUACAUUUUUUUUGGAUAAAUAACUCUGUCUAUGGCUAUUUUCACACACCAGCAAUAGGAAUGAAGUAGUCCUAGUUACAGCCAUAGGCAUACAAAACCCAAACACUUAUCAGGCUAUAGACAGAAAAAAAAUUGUCAGUCCUAUUGUAAGAAAAGGUAAAGGUAUGUGCAUCAAACUUAAGGGCAGAGUUGAUUUCCAUAGAAGAAAAGAGGCUAAGUUGACAAAAGUUUGGUACUUUUGUAUGAAAAAAAUGGAUGCCUUUUCUUUUUUAUUAUUUAAGAAACUGAUAUUGGUAAAUUGAUUUAGAAAAGUUUCAACAACAUGAUGUUAAUGUAAAGUUUGUAAAAAUGAAAAGCCAUGUCAACAUCCUAAACAGUGACAUGAGAGUCAUUCAGUAAAACAAUCUAGAAUGAAUUUAUUCAAUGACUAUAAGCCUUAUUCAAAGAAGAUAGAUUUGGAGUGUGAAGUGAUAAGAGUGGCAGGCUGCCUUGUAUAUGGCUGACCCAGACUCAAUGCCUGGCCCCCAUAUGGUCCCCUGAGCCCUGCUAAACGUUAUUCCUAAACUAAGAGCCAGGAUUAAGAAAACCCUGAGCACUGCCUGAUGUCCCAAAUUCCUCCCAACCCAAGAGAGGAUAGUUUUUUUUUUUUACAAAUGUUUAACAUUUGUUUAAUGACAAUAAGAAAUAUUUAUUAAUCACCUUCAGUGAUUUUUCAUCCUCUAACACUGGUAAAAAUUACUUCUAAAGCAUAUUUUUAAGGUAUUUAACUCAAGGUAUAUAUUAAAAACAUGUCUUUCAUAAACAUGUAAUUAAGAGAGAAAUGAUACUACCAGUAACAACUUUGAUAGAACACCCGUACGUAAUAUUGGUUUGCAUUAGAAAUAUUGGGAUUAUACUUUAGACAAUAUUCUUCAUACUCUAAAUUUCAGCCAUUUCAUAAUACCAGAAGUUUUAUUUUAAAACUUCCUGUUAGAGUUUUUACAGUAUCUGUACAUUUGUAUGUCACCGUAAACUAUAGGCAAAAUUAUAGUUAGCAAUUAGCUACUUGGAACUAAUUAAUCUUCACUUUCUACCAUUAUGCACUUACUUGACUCUUGCCAUUCUGAGUAGCAGGAUGGUUAACAGACAGGCAUAGUCAGUAGAACUCUGCUGAGUCACCCUUAAGUCAGCCUAACUCUUCCCCACAAAAGCAAGUGGCAUGUGUGGAUUUGCUUAAUUCAUUAUAUUUGCAGUUGACAUCAGUUAGUCCCCCUCAAUUUAUAAAAUCUUGAAGUAUUUGCAUUUUAAUUAGGAGAUAGCUGUGGUGAGAUUCUAGUUUCUCUGUGCUCCAUACAUAAGUAAAAUUGGUUUUCAUGAUUAAAUUGUUUCUUAAAAAAUUUUAAUGAAUUCCGUCUUGGAAAAUUAAAAAAGUAAAAAUGGUAAGAGAUUGUUUUGUUUGCCAUUUUUACAUUCCUUUUGAACCCAUUCGGUGGGAGAAUGUUAACCUUUCUCCCAAGUUGUAUGUUAAAUUCGAAUAUGUAUGCACAUCAAAGAAUAACAUGUAAUAAACAUGUAAAUAAAAUUUAGAUCUAUUAGUGAAGUGUUAAAUUUGACUCUGUGCUUCAAGUAAUGACAUUUCUAGACUUUAUUAGGCAUGAUUCCAGUUCAGACAAUGAGAGAUGAGAGGAAGAGAUGCAGCUCUCUGAAUGGCAAUGCUUCUUAACUAAGGCAGAACAUUAAAAGGAGAAGAGUUCUUGGGAAAUAAAGCAUAAUUCCUGUAUUAAGAUUUGAGUUACUUUGCAGACAUUUAAAUGUGAACAUUAAGUAGUGGUAGAAUGUACAAAUUAGGUGACAGGUUAUGAUAAUAAAUUUGAUAAAGAGGCCAACAGAAGGCACAGAAGAUAAUUUUAUAGAUAGAAGUCAGGCAAACCAUAGCCAUGGGCCAAAUUCAACCCACUGUCUGUUUUGUAAAUAAAUAAAUUCAUUUUACUUAAAUUCU